AACUCACUCCAUGGUAGAUAGUAAAUGCAUUCGGCUGCAACUGGGCGCCUUGCGUGCCAGCCACUGGCGGUGUGCAGGCGAUACAAAGCUGAAGAAAGUACCCUAAAGGAACUCAGCCUAAAGGGAGAGUUACGCCUGAAGAUGACUGAUUUAAAGGCGCCCCAACUUCUGCCUGUGCCGCUUCCUAGAUGUAUGACCUGAGGCAAGCUGCCGGACUCUAUUACCUGGCAGAACUGAUAGAAGAAUACACAGUGGCCACCAGCAGGAUCAUAAAAUACAUGAUCUGGUUCUCCACGGCUGUGCUGAUUGGCCUCUACGUUUUUGAACGCUUCCCCACCUUCAUGAUUGGCGUGGGCCUCUUCACCAACCUCGUCUACUUUGGCCUCCUCCAGACCUUCCCUUUCAUCAUGCUGACCUCGCCUAACUUCAUCCUUUCAUGCGGGCUAGUGGUGGUGAAUCACUACCUAGCGUUUCAGUUUUUUGCAGAGGAAUAUUAUCCUUUCUCAGAGGUCCUGGCCUAUUUCACUUUCUGUCUGUGGAUAAUCCCGUUUGCGUUCUUUGUGUCGCUGUCGGCUGGGGAAAACAUCCUGCCCUCCACCAUGCAGCCAGGAGAUGACGUGGUCUCCAAUUACUUCACCAAAGGCAAGCGGGGCAAACGCUUAGGGAUCCUGGUUGUCUUCUCCUUCAUCAAAGAGGCCAUUCUACCCAGUCGUCAGAAGAUAUACUGAACCCCUUGGGGAGGGGAUGUGGGAGCAAGAUCAGGAGAGUCAGGCCCCUGGGCCUCUGCACUAGGUGGGGGCCGUGAGCCUGGAAGGCACCUUCCCCCAGCCCUGGCCCUCGUUCCCUUGACUCUCCCUGAAGCCCUCAUCCCCACCUUCCUCGAGGGGCUCAGCUUGGCUCAGAUCUGACGUUGCUAGAGGGCGUGACCUCAGAGGGCACCGGGGGGAUGGCAGAGCCUGCUUAGCCAGGAGGCCAUGGUCCACCUGGUUAUGCGGAAGCUGAGCUCCCUGUGACCCUCCUGCCGGCUUCUGUGGUGGGUCAGGAGGUUCUGGCUCAGCCUGGGCAGGCGGGGCAGGGGCUGUGAAGCUGGAGAGCAAAUAGGGAUAAGUUCUCUGGGCAGAUGGCCGUGGGGAGGGGCCAUGGCUUGGCACUUCCAAGAGAAAUCGUUUUUGCUGUUGAACUGUGAUUUCUGUCCAAGUGCUGAUUCCCAUUUGAAUAAAGAUUCUAGGUGGCACUGUUUGCCUUAAUACCCUGAAAGUUCAUCUCCCUUUCUUCCUAUUGCUCUUCUGCCCUGGACUGGAUGGGCUUUUCUGUUCCAGUGGCUCCUUUUCUGGGUUUGGGUCUUGCCCUCUCGAAGGGACUGCUGUCAUGGCCUUUUGUGGGAAAUGAGCAGCGAUGAGGAGCUGAGGAGCUGAGCCAGAUCAGGGGAGUUGGGGUGGAGGCGGCCUUUCUCAUGCCCCCUCCCUUUUCAUCCGUCUCUUCUUUACCUGCGGCUCCACGGCUGUCACAACUGGGGACAGAGAGGCACAGUUUGGGACUCGGUUGGAUUUUCAGAAUAUCUGCAAUAUCCUACUUGCAAGUCUUCCCCUGGGGAAAAGGAGUGGUUUCUGGCCGAAUUCUGUCUCAGGCCUGAGGAGAAACAAAAUAGAAAUUGGCUUCCAGGCAGCCUGGGUUACAGCCUAAUUUUUAAGAACUGGGACUGAGGGGAGAAAUGGUUUGUCACUCUAAGAGCACACGAGGGCUGGCCCUCUCUUCUGUGCUCUUGGCUCCUGAGGAGAUGACCUCAGUCUUGCAAGAAGGCAGGCCAGAUCCUGGCACAGACCAGCAUAUGCUGACUUUGCACUCCAGCUACAGUGCCUUGCAAGUACUCAGCCGUACACGUUGGCGUGCAGCCCCCACGAGAGCCGUUCCUAGCCACGUCCUCUACCUCAGAGCGAGGCUGGCGGGUGCGGAGAUGGACAGUGCACCUGUGGUACCUUUAAGCCGGGGAAGGCGUCUGUGCUUGAAAUUUUCUAUAUCCUGCCUCAAGUCCCACCACAGCCCCGCAUCUCCUGACGUUAGUGUUUCCUGUUCUCUUAAAAAUGCCAGCCUGUCCCUUGCCCUGAGAGGAGUAGCACAUUUUGGGUUUUUCUUGGUGGGGAGGAGAUGGCCGGGCCUUUUUAUCCUAUGCAGACAAGGGAGGACAAGGUGGAAGACGCAGGAGGCCGAUACCAUCUUCACUGUGGGUCAGCAGCUGGCCCUGCUCUCCCUUGCCAUCCACUUCUUUGUUCCUCACCAUGAUGAUAUGGCUUCUCGCCUGGGGGUUGCCGGUGGCUUUGUGCUAAGUCCUCUCAUAUCCUACUGGAUCUCUGCAGCAUCUGACAGGGCUGACCACCCCCAGCUCCUUGAGUUGCACUUUACUGGCACUCCUCUGGCUGGUUUUCCUCCUACCUCUGGCUCUUCCUUUCAGUUUCCUGCACAGGCCUCUCCAUUUGCCCCCCACACAUGGGGUUUCUCAGGGUUCUGUUGUGGGCUCCCUGGAGGAGCCCAUCCAUGCUGAUGGCUUCAAGGACUCUUUGCCAAGGAAUUGAGAGUUGACCUCCAGCCCCGAUGUCCCUCCUGGUCUUCUGAACUACAUAGUUCUGCCUUUGGGUGCACAGACAACUCUCAUGGGCCAGAGGGCACUUGUUGCUGUCCUCUGUAAACCUGCCUCUUUUGGGUACCUGCUGUGGCCCCAAGACCUCUCAGGAGCCAGACCAGAAACCAGCUUUCUAGCCCUGCUUUCUUUUUCGGCCCCUCCCCACCCCCAUCCAGUCUCUAAAAACUGUUAAAUUUACUUUCCUAACAUCUCUUGAUUCAAGCCACUGCCACUGUCAUCAACUUAUACCUGGAUUAUUGUGACAGCCUCCUUCUGCUUCUCUGUUCCACAGCCAGAGUUGUCUUUAAAAUGUAUAGUUGAUCAGGUCACUCCCUGGCCUACAACCUUUCAUGGCUCCCUACUGCUCUCAGGAUAAAGUCCAGACCCCUUAGCAUGGCUUGUGAGACUUGUGAUAUCUGGUUACUGCUCGCCUCUGGUCUCAUCACUUGCCACCUUGCACCAUGUGCUCCAGCCUCCUGUAUUCAGAGAUGCCACUUUGAUUCCCCUUUCUUCUGCUCACCUGGGUACCUUCUCAACUUAGGUUUCAUUACCUCUGAGCUCUGUCCCCUCUCCCCCCCAGCACACCACACAAUUCACUCUAGGCUUACUUGCCUGCUUACUGGUCUGUUUCCCCACUAGACUGUAAGCUCCUUGAGGGCAGGGACUGUCCUUCAGUUUUUGUAUCAACAGUGCCUGGCUUGGUGCCUGGUACAUAGAAAGCACUCAAUAAAUGUUUGUUUAAUGAA